GAUGUUUUAGAAACAAAAUGGUGACCCUGAGAAGAAGAGUAUUUCCAGCCAGUGGGCAGUAGUUGCGUAACAUGGCUGCCUGCUUUGAGAACUUUUCUGUAGCUACUAGUAUCAAAGGAACAGAUGCUGUGCAGAUCGGGAAAGCGUCAAGAGGUUACAAGGUCUCCUCCAUUCCUUAUAAAUACCAGACAAGAAUGAUCCCAAACUCAGAAAAAAAGGGAUUUAAUUCUCAAGCAAAGCGGUUUCAGUAUAACCAGAAUGAAAUUCCAGGCCCAGGAUUCUAUAACGUCAUUCACCAGCCUGCAGAGAUUAACAGCACUUCACUGUCGAAGAAGGGAACGGGCUACUUUCCUUCCAUGGAUGCUCGUCUCCCACACAACAGAAAACCCAGCUACCCUGCCGCAAAUGCCUACAACCUCUCGUUGGCAUUUCAAUCCAAGCAAGAUUUCAGCACUGGAAACUCCAGCAUGUUUCAGCAACCAAUCGCUAAGAGGAGAGAGCAAACCUCCACCCCAGCGCCCAACCAAUACAACGCCUGUCUAGAUUUCUGCAAGCAAAGGAACAACCUAUGUGCCCGGGCGGUGUUUUUGUCCAAAACGGCAAGAGGAUUAAGCACUGAUAAAACAGAAAAAUGGCCUUCUCCGUGCCAUUACAGAAUCAAUGACUCCCUCGUCAAGAAGUCCCCCAGGAUUCUAGUGUCUUGCUUCAGAUCAAAUACUCAUCGUGAAACAAAGGUGAACACAAUAAGCCCAGGGCCUGCAGCGUAUCAGCUCAGCAACCCCCCUAAAGCAGCAAAGAAGACCCCUUCCACGCGAAAGCAAAACUUGAAUUUCUCCGCCCCUGCCAUACCACCAGCUAAAAAUCCACCUUUGCCUGGGCCAGGGCAGUAUGAAGUAGUGGACUACGAAGGCCCACCAAAGCAUUACAUCUCUAUUGCUGUAUUUGUCUCAAACACGGGGCGGUGGAGAGGGGACACAGCUCAGCAAGGGAUACCUGGGCCAGGUACUUAUCUGCCAGAAGUACCAGGGAAACAGUCCUUUAUCUACAAUGUUGAUAACAAGUGGAUUCCAGUACUGUAGGCAUCAGAGCCACCAUAUUUUGGAGAAAUUCUGCAAAGACUGAACCUCAUUCAAAACCAGCAGUGCAGUCGCUAACGCAUGGGCAAGCUAUGGUGUCCCCAGCCCUCAUGCUUUAACUGUCCUUACAGUCUGGCAUCUGCGACUGGUAUUGUGCACAUAUUGCAAACUGAAAGAUGAUCAUUAGGCUGAAAUUGACCUAAGAUCUUCCAAUUAAGUUGAACAAUUCAUGCAAAUAUUGUUUGAUUCUUUUUUACCCUAUGUAAUUAGUGGUCAUGUAUCUUUGGCACUGAUAAAUUCUGGUCAUAUAUUGGCCAAUCACAUGAAACACAGUAUACUGGCAGUAAUCUAUAUCUUACUUUUUAUCCCCAGUUGUCUUGGUUGGAACUGCGGUUCCCCUUAUCCUCCAUUUCAACCUCUGGCUUUUAGAAUGCAUGUGUGCUGCUGGAUUAGGUGCACUCUCUCCCUGUAAACACAAAAUAAAUCUGGCUGUGUCCUAGGCCUGACAUAAU